AUGUGUCUGGUCCAUAGGGGGGGAUUAUGGUUUUACUUCUUUUUUUCUUUUUUCUUUUUUGCCUCCCAAUUUCACUAUAAGGGCUUGACACGUUGCUGUAGAGAGAAGAAGGAGAAGGAGAAGAGCAACUGAGGCUUGAAAAGUCCUCUGUGUGUGUCUUUCACUGAAACCUCUUUGGAGGUGGAAGGACUGAUCAGGAUGGAGAGGCAGAAGUUCCCCUUUACUAUUGAGAACAUCCUGAAGUAUCCAAGCAGCAGUGGAGAUAAACGGUCCUACGGAGCGAGUGGUCUUGGCUUAAAAGAGAAGACAGUCAGUCCUGCUGGAGGCCAAACAGAGGCGGUUCAUCAUGCCUGCCUGUGCUGCUGCUACUGCUCCCACUGUGCUGACAUACUCCAGCCUGACUUCAUCCACGAAGCUUGUCAGUAUGGCUGGAACCCAGCAAUCCUCUCAGAUUCGUGCAGGCUGGGAGACACUCACGGGGAGGAGCAGUCACCCAGUCAACAGAGGCGAACCCGGCGUCACCGGACCAUUUUCACCGAGGAACAGCUGGACGCACUGGAGGAGCUGUUCCUGCAGAACCAGUACCCAGAUGUGAACACAAGAGAGAAACUCGCACAGCGCACUCACUUAAGAGAAGAGAGAGUGGAGGUUUGGUUUAAAAACAGAAGAGCCAAGUGGAGACGUCAGAAAAGACUUUCAUUUGUUGUGGGAAACACAGAAAAAAAGUGAAAAAAAAGAAGAAUUUUGCAUGGCUCUGUGUGAUCCAAUCAAAAUAAUUUGCAUAU